CCCUCCGUUCCCAAACCUACUCCCGCCCCCGGACGGACCCCAGUGCGCCGGGUCCACGCACCACUCCGCCCAUCGCCGCGAAGCCUCCCCCUCCUCCUGCGCUGCGCGGUGGUAGGUACGGUGGUUUGACCACGCCAUCACCGGAGCCCCACCUAUAUAAGCCCCCACCUCCUCCCCCUCGCCGGCAGCAGCAGCAGCUGUUGUAACUGCAACCGAAGCAGUCGUCGCUGCCGUGCCCGUUGCCGCGUCGAAGCAUUCGUUCAUCGCUGCCAUCGCUAACCUACUACGACCCAUCCACCACCAGCCCGUUUCCUCCGUUCCGGCCUCCUUGCUUCGGUCGGCCGGUCCGUCCGUGGUUGGUUGGCGGCCUGGCUCCGUGCCGCGUUGAGGAGGAGGCGGACCAGUGAUGGACUCGGCGUCGGGGGCGAUGGAGCUGGUGGCGGCGCUGCUGCGCGGGCGGGUGCCGCCGGAGCUGGCGGGGGAGGGCGCCGAGGGCCGGGCGCUCGUCGCCACGCUCGCUGCCGCGGUGCUCGGCGCCGCGGUGCUCGUGCUCUGGAGGCUGGCGGCCGCCGGGAGGAAGGGGAAGAGGGAGGUGGUCGUGGCGGAGGCGACGCAGGUCAAGGCGAGGGCCGUUAAGGGCGCGGAGGAGGCGGCCGACGACGGGAGGAAGAGGGUCGCCGUCUUCUUCGGCACGCAGACCGGCACCGCCGAGGGAUUCGCCAAGGCACUUGUUGAAGAGGCGAAAGCAAGAUACGACAAGGCAAUCUUUAAAGUUGUGGACUUGGAUGAUUACGCGGCAGAGGAUGAGGAAUAUGAGGAGAAUCUGAAGAAGGAGAAGCUAGCAUUGUUCUUCGUUGCUACGUAUGGAGAUGGUGAGCCGACUGACAAUGCUGCUAGGUUCUACAAAUGGUUCACUGAGGGAAAUGAGAGGGGAGUCUGGUUGAGUGACCUUGAGUAUGCUGUGUUUGGUCUGGGCAAUCGACAGUAUGAGCAUUUCAACAAGGUUGCCAAGGUGUUUGAUGAGCUCCUAACUGAACAAGGUGGAAAGCGCCUUAUUCCGGUUGGUCUUGGAGAUGAUGACCAAUGCAUUGAGGAUGACUUUAAUGCAUGGAAAGAAGCAAUCUGGCCAGAGUUGGAUCGGUUACUUCGGGAUGAAAAUGACGUUUCCCCAGGCACUACAUACACAGCUGCUAUUCCCGAAUACCGGGUUGAAUUUGUCAAACCUGAGGAGGCAGCUCAUUUGGAGAGAAACUUCAGCCUUGCAAACGGUCAUGCGGUCCAUGAUGCACAGCAUCCUUGCCGGGCUAAUGUGGCAGUGCAGCGGGAGCUCCACACUCCUGCUUCUGAUCGUUCGUGCACUCACUUGGAGUUCGACAUUGCUGGCACUGGUCUUACGUAUGAGACCGGUGACCAUGUUGGUGUAUACACCGAGAAUUGCCCUGAGAUUGUAGAGGAGGCAGAGAGAUUGUUAGGCUACUCACCAGAAACAUUUUUUACCAUCCAUGCGGACAAAGAGGAUGGUACUCCACUAGGUGGUGGUUCUCUUGCUCCUCCUUUCCCCUCCCCUAUCACUAUGAGGAAUGCACUUGCCCGAUAUGCCGACCUUCUAAAUUCACCAAAGAAGAGUUCUUUGGUUGCAUUAGCUACUUAUGCUUCAGAUCCUGCUGAGGCCGACCGUCUGAGGUUCUUGGCCUCUCCUGCUGGGAAGGAUGAAUAUGCUCAGUGGGUUGUUGCAAGUCAGAGGAGCCUGUUGGAAGUCAUGGCAGAGUUCCCUUCGGCAAAGCCUCCACUUGGAGUCUUCUUUGCAGCUGUCGCUCCUCGUCUUCAACCAAGAUAUUACUCAAUUUCAUCUUCACCUAGUGUGGCACCAACCAGGAUUCAUGUCACAUGCGCGCUUGUGCAUGAAACAACACCAGCUGGAAGGGUACAUAAAGGAGUCUGCUCAACUUGGAUCAAGAAUGCUGUUCCAUCGGAAGAGAGCAAGGACUGCAGCUGGGCUCCAAUAUUUGUGAGGCAAUCAAACUUCAAACUGCCAGCUGACCCUUCGGUACCAAUCAUCAUGAUUGGCCCAGGGACCGGUCUUGCACCGUUCCGCGGCUUCUUGCAGGAGAGGUUAGCUCAAAAAGAAUCUGGAGCUGAGCUUGGCCGAUCGGUGUUCUUCUUUGGUUGCAGAAAUAGCAAGAUGGACUUCAUCUAUGAGGAUGAGCUGAACAAUUUCCUUGAGCAAGGAGCAUUGUCUGAACUGGAUCUUGCCUUCUCACGUCAGGGCCCUAAUAAGGAAUAUGUGCAACACAAAAUGGUGCAGAAAGCUUCUGAAAUCUGGGACAUGAUCUCCCAAGGCGCUUACAUCUACGUCUGUGGUGAUGCCAAAGGCAUGGCCAGAGAUGUACAUAGAGUUCUCCACGCCAUUGUUCAGGAGCAGGGAUCGCUCGACAGUUCCAAGGCUGAGAGCUUUGUGAAGAGUCUCCAAACGGAGGGCAGAUAUCUGAGGGAUGUCUGGUAAGAGCCUAAGAGGCAACGUUGGGGACAUGAACAAUUCCCGAUAGACACAACAUUCAUUCAUAUCACAGGAGUACAAUUAUUAGUGGAAGAGAACUGACACUGGACGAAGAUCAGAUGUUUUUAGUGCCUCUGCGUUUUCUUUUUCUUCUUUCUUUUGUUCUUGAGAUGCUUAAGAAGUUUUUGCACCUGUGUAUUAUAAAUUCUUUCUAUGUAUAAGAUGAGGACAAUUUUGACAAUAAGCCUAUGACAGUGUGAUGCUAUAGUGACA